GUUAUAAUCAGUGAGUGCAGAAGAUGCAGGGUGAGGUAACCAUGAAGUCUCUAUACCUUUCUGUGAUACUGGCAAUGUACUAUAGUCAUUACUGGAAUCAGUUUUCAAUCUUAGCCCAAACCAGCCCUGACCAGAGUGAGCCUUGCAAAGUUGAACAUGAAGAUCAUUUUGAAGCCAGAGUGCAGUAUUGUGGAAACAACUCAAUUCAAGACCUGGAUAUUCUAGAAAGUAUUGUAGGAGACCUUAUAGCCAAGAGGAUGUUUGCCUCAGAUCAGCAAAGAAAUGAAUCCAAAAGGUUGGGACAGGUUUUGAAAAUUGCUGGACUGAACACUUGCGUCAAUGUGUGCAGCUACAGACUCUCAACAACUUAUUUUGAACUUGAAGUUCAAGUUAUUAGAUUCAAUGCUGAUCAAAACAUCAGAACAGCAACACUAUCUGCUCAUGGUAACCUUGUGGAGAUUCCCUUGGAAAUGGAAAACGGUCAACCAGAUCUCGUUGCUGUGGCCUUUCUCUCAUACAACAGCACUGACCCUAAAGGCGUAGGUUUGGACAUGCAGGACAUAAAAAAACCAGAGAUCACAAUAAUCUCUGAUAUAGUCACAGGCAUAAAAAGGGCAAAAUGCCUGAGGAAACCUUCUGAACCAAUCCGUUUUAUCUUCCAAAAUAAUCAGAGAACAGAUGGAUGUGUCAAAUGUGCAUACAUAAAGAGUGGAAUGGACAACAACAGUGCAUCUUUUGAACAGUGUGACACAGAAAAUUUCAACGAGACCCAUACUGUAUGCAAGUGUAAUCAAGUGUCUGACUUUGUUGCACUGGCAAAAAUGAGUUGCUGUUCAUCUAUACUAACGGACAUUGGGAUCUUUGUGACAUUGGCGUGUAUGGCCAUCACACUAUUUGCGCUGGCAAUCUGUUCAGAGAAAAAAACAGUCAUCUUCCCAAGUCUGUUGCUGGUGGAGCUGUCUGCCCUGACAGGUUUCGAUGUAGUUGGGCAUGUAGUCGGCUUCAGGAAUCAUUUUGAAGAUACUAAAUCGAUAAUAACAAUCACAUGUUUAAUUAUCUCGGAGGUGUCUCUCAUGGUCAUGAUCUUCAUUUUUACACACUGUUCCUUAGCAAAGACACAUGUUAGCAACUCUCACAUUCAUCUGUGUCUGAACUUGUUCUUAGCAAACAUGCUGUUCAUAACUCAAAGUGACAGAGUUUGUAACAAGACAGUGUGUGCAAUCACUGCUAUCGGGUUACAUUAUCUCUAUUUGACGGUGUUCGCGUGGAUGUUUCUGGAAGGACUACAACUUUACCUCAUGUCAAUUAACCUGAAGAACAUGAGGGUUUCCAGUUCUACCACCAUACAAAAAUUCAAGAUCCCAUUGUGCUAUUUAUCCCCCGUUGUGUUAGUGGUGCUUUCUGCAACAACAUGUCCAAAUGCAUGUGUGUCACAUAGUCACUGCUUUGUACAGAAAGAAAAUAAUUGGUACUUCUCCGGACCUGUGCUUCUGAUAAUUUUGGUUAAUAUUGUCAUGUUCGGUAGAACAUUCUGGAUACUGACUGAGCAGAUUUCUAAACGCAACACUGAAAUAUCACAAAUCAAAGAUUCCAGAAUGCUGACAUUUAAAAUACUUUUUCAGCUAGUUAUCUUGGGAUGCCCCUGGAUUAUUGGAUUCUUUGUUAACAAAGGUUCCAGUGAAAUAUUGGAAUACAUAUUCAUUGUAAUUAUACCUCUCCAAGGCUUCCUGAUUUUUCUUAUCCUGUGUGUUUUCAGUACUGAGGUGAGAGAUGAAUUUAAGAAAUGGUUUCUGGGAGCUAUGCGAAAGCACAAAACAUCCACUUCAACACUUUAUUCUGAUACCACCUAAUCCAAAUCAGUCAGUGAUGUGGAGUGAAGCCAAAAUAUAGGCUGAAGAAGCAUAAACUACAAGAUGUACAAUUAUUUCUGAAUUUUACUUGUUUUUAAUCCAGUAUCAAGAAAAUUCUUAGUUCAUUGAGAAAUAUAUAUAGCUAAUUGUUUGUUUCG